UCAAACAUGAUGAGCAAAGUUAUCGUUGGCUUAACUAUUUUUGUCACUUUUCUCCGGUUUUCCCUUUCAAGUGGAAAUUAUCGAAUCGUUAAUGGCAACUAUGCCUCCGCUAAGCAAUUUCCGUACCAAAUCUUUUUUGACACACUUGAUCUUUCUAAUCUCAGUGCUCCUAUUAAAUGGCAACCUACUUGCGGGGGAACAAUCAUCUCCAAAAGAGUUAUUCUGACGGCAGCUCAUUGCCUGGAUAAUCCAAACAUUUACGCUAUUAAAAUUUAUUUUGGAGCAGUUAAUAAAUCGGAUGACAAGGAAGUUGGCCAACAGCGAUUAACAGUUAGAAGAGAUCAUUUUGUGAUACAUGAGAAAUAUAUUUCGUAUGUUCCUUAUAAACCGGCUCUGGUGGUCAACGAUGUUGCGCUGAUAAAGCUCCCAAUAGCGUUGCUAUUUGACGACUACAUAAGACCGGCCCAGUUACCUGAUCCAAAAAUGCAGUACGAAGGUGGUGAAGUCACUGUUUCAGGCUGGGGAGCGGAACACGUUUUUUCUAAGGAAUAUAAGCUUGGGACAAAUUUGAAGUAUUUUAAUGCGCCCCUUUUAUCUAAUGGUGAAUGCCAGAAUCGUCAUGUUCGAUAUUACGGUGGUAUAGUAUUUCCAUCAACGCUUUUGUGCUUAGCGCCGGGGGAGAACAUGAUGUGCUCUGGAGAUUCUGGUGGACCGUUAGUUAUCAAGCAUGAAUCCAAUUAUGUUUUACUCGGCGUAGCCUCUUACAUAAUGUACACGGACAUACCUUGCACACCGCAUUAUCCGGCCGUGUACAAUAGAGUUACCUCGUAUCUGAAGUGGAUUCAUGAUAAUGCUGGUAGCCACAACUUGGCUUAAAGCUGUAAAAACAAUAAAAGGAAAUAAAAUAUUCUUAUUUAAUAAAGAACUAUAUACAUUUUA